GCUGAUUUGCUGUCUUUUGCAUAUGUUUCUGUAGUUGAUAAUUCAAAGGAUAUGAAAUAAUUGCAAAGAUGGCAUAAACUGACGGGAUAUUGAUGAAACCGCCAAAUGAUAUGAGGUGGAUUAUAUGAUAGGUUGGAGUAAGACCGCAUUACAUUUUGAGGGCGGAUGAAUAAUUAUUUUCUCAUCAAAAUAUAGUUCGGCUUGAGGAAGAUGGGUAAAGAAAAAAUGGCAACUGAAGUAAAGUCAGAAGAGCACAGCCUCCGAGAAGUUGAAGCUUACGUUAAAGAGCAUAACAUUCAGCAGAUCUUGAAGGAAUGUAUCGUUCAACUAUGCGUUAGUCGUCCUGGAAACCCACAUACCUUCCUCAGGGAAUACUUCGAAAAGUUAGAAAAGGAAGAAGCUUUAAAGGUGAAAUCUGAAACGCCUCCUAGUGAUAAUGCAGAAGAUGAGAUGUCACCUCCCCCACAGAUGGCGCCCAAAAAGCGACCACGUCGUGGUGCUGUCAGCGCAGAGGUCUAUUCAGAGGAGGAUGCAGCUUCAUAUGUGAAAAAGGUUGUACCCAAGGACUAUAAAACUAUGGCAGCUCUCUCGAAGGCAAUUUCGAAGAACGUUCUUUUCACUCAUUUAGAUGACAACGAAAGAAGUGAUAUAUUUGAUGCCAUGUUUCCUGUACAUCGACAUGGAGGCGAGAUUAUAAUCCAACAAGGGGAUGAAGGAGAUAACUUUUACGUACUUGAUCAAGGAGAAGUUGAGAUUUUCGUCAACAACACGCUUGUGGUGACACUGGGUGAUGGUGCCAGUUUCGGAGAGUUGGCCUUGAUUUAUGGCACUCCUAGAGCAGCGACAGUUAAGGCUAAAACAGAUGUGAAGCUCUGGGGGAUAGAUAGGGAAAGCUAUAGGAGAAUCCUCAUGGGUAGUACAAUAAGGAAGAGGAAGAUGUAUGAGGAAUUCUUGGGUAAAGUUUCAAUUCUAGAAAACAUUGAUGCCUGGGAAAGGUCUACCAUAGCUGAUGCCUUGGAGCCAGUCCAGUUUGAAGAUGGUCAGGAAAUUGUGAGGCAGGGAGACCCAGGGGAAGAUUUCUUCAUUAUAUUAGAGGGUACAGCUUCAGUGUUACAGAAAAGAGCAGAAGGAGAUGACGCGGUAGAAGUAGGAAAACUAGGACCCUCCGACUAUUUCGGUGAAAUCGCGCUGUUACUGGACCGUCCUCGUGCAGCAACAGUUGUACCCCGUGGACCCCUUAAAUGUGUAAAACUCGACAGGGGCCGAUUUGAAAGAGUCUUAGGACCAUGUUCCGACAUCUUAAAGCGAAACAUUUCCCAAUAUAACAGUUUUGUGUCUCUAUCAGUAUAAUUGGACUCCACAUCGGAAGCAGACAUGUUUUAUAUGAAUUUUCAUACCAAAUGUAUUUAUAGGCUGUACUAUAGUGUAUCUGUUUGGACUCACCAAUCACAGUUUAGGAGCUUGGAAGAUAUAUCAUACCUCAGUUUAGCAUUAUGGGAUAAAAAAUGAGGAAAACGCACUUGUUACAGUCCAACAAGUUUGUUAAAGAUUAAAGAUAUAUUUAUUAUGUUGAGGCGAGAAACUAGAUUAUUUAUUUAGUGGCAGGAAAGUAGAUAAAAGAAACAACACUAGGUCCGCCACAAAUUUUUGUAAGGGCCUCAUUACCCUUGCAAUUUAUUUAGUUGUUUUGAAUGUCAAAUAUGUAAUGUGCUUUACAUGUAAAAUGGACAUCAUAUAAACUAAAUAACUUAGUGAAAUCAUAUCAUUGGAAAGGACCAUACUUACAUAUAUCAUAUGAAAGGACUUAUUCGAGGGAUGCUUGUGUCACAUUAUGAAUUAUUGCCAAGACGUGUCUUGAGUCAUAUACUUUUUAAUUCGUAAUAAAAGUUAAUUGGUGAUUUUAUUCCACUCU